AUGGCAGUGCUUAAAGUAACAUUUAGUAAGAACAGACGUGGAAAACUAGCUCAAAUUCUUUGGAUCCUCAACUGGAUCUCUGUGGUGACCGGACUCAUUAUUUUCAGCCUGGGCCUUUUUUUAAAGAUAGAAAUCAAGAAGCGGAGUGAGCUGAUGAUAAGUGGUGACAUUCACACUGUUCCAAACAUGCUUAUAGCAGUAGGCACCAUUGCAUGUGUCAUAAACUUCUUUGGAGGAAAGAUCUGCUACGACUGCUCAGAUGCCAACAAAUUCUCCCGGUGGAAACUGUUUAUGUUGCCCUACAUCAUAUGCACCUUCUUCUUCACCUUCUGUGUCUUUGCAGGAGCAAUUAUGUGCUACACUAUGCGAAAUGAGCUUGAGUCAGCCUUGUACCGUGGACUUAAAGAUGCCUUGAAAUUUUACAAGGAUACUGAUAUCCCAGGACGUUGCUUCUUAAAGUCUACAAUAGACCUAUUGCAGAUUGAAUUCCAGUGUUGUGGGAACAAUGGUUUUAGGGAUUGGUUUGAGAUUCAGUGGAUAUCUGCUCGUUACCUUGAUAUGAGUUCCAAGGAAAUAAUUGACCGUUUCAAAAGCAAUGUGGAUGGGAAAUUUUUAUUAGAUGGUGUCCCAUUUAGCUGCUGCAACCCCAGUUCUCCUCGUCCCUGUAUUCAGUAUCAGAUCACCAACAAUACUGCUCACUACAAUUAUGACUACCAGACAGAAGAGCUGAACAUCUGGCUUCGUGGCUGUAGGGAGGCCCUUCUAGAGUAUUAUGACCACCUUAUGGAGUCUAUUGGCCUCACUGUUCUGCUCGUUUGGCUCUUUGAACUAUCAGUGCUGACCGGAGUGCGCUACCUGCAGACUGCAAUGGAAAAUGUUUUGCUUCUGGGAGACCCUGAGAGUGCUUCUGAUGGUUGGUUACUGGAAAAUAGUUGCAUGGAAACAGCAAAGCACAACUUACAGAUAAUUAAGAAUAUUGGCAAAGUCAACCAAAUCUCCACAUUGUCUGAAAAAUCGGACCCAAAUGUACACAUUCCAACAGCAGAUUAUGGUCCUGAUAAUGUACCCCCUAAUUCCAUUCCAACUGUAAGCUAA